CCACGCAGCCUCCUGUAGGUGGCAACAGUGCCACCUGUUUGACCGGUGGGGCUGAGCCAAGGACUAGAAGAGGGAGGAGACAGACAAACUCGGAGAGGAGCUGGGAAGCAGUGCAGAGCAGAGCAGAGCACAGAGCUGAGCAGAGCUGCCGCUGAGACAAGGCCCUCACCAUGGCCGAGUCCCCCGGCUGCUGCUCCGUCUGGGCCCGCUGCCUCCACUGCCUGUAUAGCUGCCACUGGAGGAAAUGCCCCAAAGAGAGGAUGCAAACCAGCAAGUGCGACUGUAUCUGGUUUGGCCUGCUCUUCCUCACCUUUCUCCUCUCCCUGGGCUGGCUGUACAUCGGGCUCAUCCUUCUCAAUGACCUGCACAACUUCAAUGAAUUCCUGUUCCACCACUGGGGACAUUGGAUGGACUGGUCCCUGGCAUUUCUGCUGGUCAUCUCUCUACUUGUCACAUAUGCAUCCCUGCUAUUGCUCCUGGCCCUGCUCCUGCGGCUCUGUGGCCAGCCUCUGCAUCUGCACAGUGUCCACAAGAUGUUGCUGCUGCUCAUUAUGCUUCUUGUGGCCGCUGGCCUUGUGGGACUGGAUGUCCAAUGGCAGCAGGAAUGGCGUAGCUUACGUCUGUCACUGCAGGCCACAGCCCCAUUCCUUCAUAUCGGAGCAGUUGCUGGCAUCACCCUCCUGGCCUGGCCCGUGGCUGACACCUUUUACCGUAUCCAUCGAAGAGGUCCCAAGACUCUGCUGCUGUUCCUAUUUUUUGGAGUUUCCCUGGCCGUCUACCUGGCCCCACUAUGCAUCUCCUCACCCUGUAUCAUGGAGCCCAGAGACUUACCCCCCAAGCCUGGUCUGGUGGGACACCGAGGCGCCCCCAUGCUGGCUCCCGAGAACACCCUGAUGUCCCUGCGGAAGACUGCUGAAUGUGGAGCCGCUGUGUUUGAGACCGAUGUGAUGGUCAGCUCUGAUGGGAUCCCCUUCCUCAUGCAUGAUGAGCACCUGAGCCGGACCACAGAUGUGGCCUCUGUGUUCCCAGCCCGAACCUCCUCCCACAGCAGCGACUUCUCCUGCGCCGAACUGAAGAAGCUCAAUGCCGGGACCUGGUUCCUAGAGAGGCAACCCUUCUGGGGGGCCAAGCGGCUUUCAGGCCCUGAUCGGAAGGAGGCUGAGAACCAGACAGUACCAACGCUGGAAGAGCUGCUGAAGGAAGCCGCAGUCCUUAACCUUUCCAUCAUGUUUGACUUGCGUCGCCCCCCACGAAAUCACACAUACCAUGACACAUUUGUGAACCAGACCUUGGAGACCGUGCUGAGUGCAAGGGUGCCCCAAGCCAUGGUCCUUUGGCUACCGGAUGAAGAUCGGGCCAACGUCCAACAGCGGGCCCCCAGAAUGCGCCAGAUAUAUGGACAGCAGGGAAGCAACAGAACUGAGAGGCCCCAGUUUCUCAACCUCCCCUACCAAGACCUGCCACUGUUGGAUAUCAAGGCACUACACCAGGAUAAUGUCUCGGUGAACCUGUUUGUGGUGAACAAGCCCUGGCUCUUUUCCCUGCUCUGGUGCGCAGGGGUGGAUUCAGUCACCACCAACGACUGCCAGCUGCUCCAGCAAAUGCGUUACCCUGUCUGGAUCAUCCCCCCUCAAACCUACCUAAUGAUGUGGGUCAUCACCAACUGUGUGUCCACCCUGUUGCUUCUGUGGACCUUCCUCCUCCAAGGGAAAGGCAGUUUGGGGGAACCUAGGAUCCAAAGGUCAUGCAUGAAGCUGGCUGAACUCGUAAUGGGAAGCUUUUCUCCCUUUAGGAGAUGUAAGAAGGAGAGAGAGAAAACUGGCUUAGAAACAGCAGUGCUGCUGACCAGGAUCAACAAUUUCAUAAUGGAGUGAAUGCCCAACCCUGGACCCGCACCAACCAGAGCCUGAGGCCUGUCUGGACUGACUAACAACAAGGAAGGGAGAGUGGCUGAAUGGGGAUGGGGUGGGGUAAACUUGGCCAACAGAAGGUUUUGAACUGUGAGGGCUCUCUGCACAGAUGGUGAGCAUGCAGCAAGCUUCCACGGAGUCUGACUCCCCUCCAGGUUUUGACCUGAGGUCGCUGGGAAGACAGUCAUGGGAGGUUUCUCCCCAAAUGAAACUAGAACAGAGGAAGUGGGAAGGAGGUUGCCACGAUAAUGUUUCAGAUCUGCCUGUACCUAUUCUUGUGUAGAAGGGACAGAGUGUGUCAGGGACAGACCAGCUUGGACCAGUGACUGGAGAUGACAGAACCGCCUUUCCUGAGAACUAAGAUGAUGGAAACACUAAACCCACUCCAUUCACUGUCCCUCCUGACCCCCGCAAUUUAACUGCUUUCCUGCUUAGAUGCUGGGGACUUAAGAGCCCAUGUAGCUGUUUAAUUCUGCACCUAUAGGUGGCUUUUUGCUGUUCACAGACUUUUCUUCAAGACUGGUUGGCUCCUCCUACGUUGUUAAGCUAAUACUAAAUGAAUUUAACUCCUG